AUGGCAUCACCUUAUGGCCCUGUGGAGCACGCUACGCCCGAGGUCAUGGCAGAGCUCGGCGAGGUGGCGUGCUCGCUCGAGGUCGUCGACGCACAACUGAUUCGUGGGCAUGAUUGGGGAGGCGACGAGCAAGUGGCUGACGCUGGAGCUGUGGCGAGUGAGCGAGAAAAGGCCUUUCGUCUCAUCGAUGCUGGGCGGCCGUUUAUCGUGACCGGAUUGGGCUUUGAUGCUCCGUUCUGGGAGCUCCGCACCCUCGAGACCGCCUUCCCUCAGUGGUUCAACGACGAGGGCUACGUUCGCAUCGCCAACGACGAAGCCAUCAGUGCCGAGCUCAAGAAGCACUACGAGCAGCCAGUCUGGCUGGCGGAUCUGGGAGACGGCUCGGUGGCGGACCUCGACAUCGGAUCAGAGUACCUCUUUACGGGAAAGAGUGGCAAGAUAACCCGCCGUCACAUUGACGACGGCUGCUCUGCGGCGUUCUCGCUCCAGCUUCGCGGACACAAGAUCUGGGAUCUCGACUUUCCGCUCAACGCCACAGGUGAGGUCUACGCCGACGAUGGUUCUGUUCUCGCGCCCGAGGAGGAGACGCUCGUCUCGUGCAUCCUGUAUCCGGGCGAUGCCAUCGUCUUCUUUGCCGGCUGGCACCACGAGACGGUCAUCCUCUCAGACGAAGACUCCGUCUCUGUCUCGUUUGACUUUACCGCGCCAACGCGCGGUGGGGCACAGGCCUCGUUCUACGCAAAGCAUGGCGAGGCGCUGCUCGGUACGCCGUACUACUGCGACUGCGUGGCCACCAUGGAUCCCGCCGCCAUGGACGAUGCUGCCAAGCUCGCCGACUAUGACGCGCAGUGCGACUUUCUCAAGGCGCCGACCUUUGGCGGCAGCGCAGUUGCCGGCGACGAUCGCGGCUCACUGCCGUGCAAGGAGGGCGAGUACUGCUGGCUCUGCCCGGCCGACGACGAGCUGCUUGACUGACAGGUCCUGGCCGAUAGCAACCUUGCUUUUACUCGCUCUUCCUUCGCAGCGACUAAAUGGUGUCGUAGGAGGUGGCGGUGCGGGCCGACUUGCCGCAAGAAAGACAAAGUUGAAGCC